GAGGGUCCCGGCAGCCCCCCACCUCUCCUCCCAGCGCAGGGUGGCGGCGCGAUGGCGGCGGCAGCAGCGGCGGCGGCGGGGGGCUCUUUGGGGUCAGGACUCGGGGGCGCUGCCGGUAUGGCCGGGCCCCCGACGGGUCCGUGCGGGGUAGCGUCGGGGGUCUCUGGGGGGCUCGGGCCGGUCCCGGUGCCCAUGAACCUUUUCGCCACCUGGGAGAUCGACCGCUCGGCGCCCAGCUGUGUGCCCAGGCUGUGCAGUCUCCGCCUGAAGAAGCUGACUGUCCUGAGGGAACUGGACAAGGAGCUGAGCUCUGUGCUCAUUGCUGUGAAGAUUCAGGGUUCAAAGAGAGUCCUGAGAUCUAAUGAAUAUGUUCUCCCCCCUGGUGGCUUGAUGGAGACUGACCUGGAAUUAACGUUUUCAUUGCAGUAUCCGCACUUCCUGAAGAGAGAUGGCAACAAACUCCAAAUUAUGCUCCAACGCAGAAAGAGGUACAAGAACCGAACCAUUCUGGGCUACAAGACUCUGGCAGUGGGAAUCAUCAACAUGGCUGAGGUAAUGCAGCACCCAACAGACGGAGGCCAGCUCCUGGGACUGCACAGCAACAUCAAGGAUGUCAGCAUCCGGGUAGCUGAAAUCAGCAUCUACUCCCUCUCUAGCCAACCCAUUGACCAUGAAGAUGGAAAUGUCCCCUCUGGUCCCAAAAUCAAAGCCUCAGAUCGUUCUCCGGAUAUUGAUAACUACUCUGAAGAAGAGGAUGACAGCUUUUCCUCUGAGCAGGAAGCGAGCGAUGAUGCAGUCCAAGGCCAGGAUUUAUAUGAUGAAGAAGAUGAAGUGAGGAAGCCGAAAAAGGCCCGACGGAAAAUGAUUAGAACCACAUCUAUGACCAGACAACCAAACUUCAAGCAAAAAUUUGUUGCCUUGUUGAAGAGAUUUAAAGUGACUGAUGAGGUUUUGGAUUCUGAUCCUGUGGAUCAGACUCAAGAAGUGGAGGAAGACUUGGGCCUGCUUUACGACAGCCUAGAGGAAUGCAACAACAGUGACAGCGGCCCUGAGAUAGAAGAUAACGAAAGUGUCCACAGCACUCCAAAGCCUACCCUCAGGCGCUUCUUUGAGGGCGUCUCACACUCUGGUUCCCAGACUGAGAUCAGCAGUCUGCACGGCCAGAAAGGGCAGGAGCAGGAGUCGGGCAGCCCUGGAGAAGCAGAGAAACGGAAGGCAGGCGUGCCCCGCGCCCAGGAUGAGGCUGCUGUGGAAACUGCAGUGAUGGAAUUGGAAGUGGAUGAAUCUUGCCCAGGGGCAACUGAGACAUCCUUGAAGGACAGCAGUGUGGACAGGCUAGCCCAGCUGAGCAGCAUCAGCAAGCCAGAGUUCCCAGCCACUGUUUCCCCCAGCAAAGUUGAGAACAAGCCCCUGUGGCGACCGCGCAGCAUGUCUGUCAAGGACCGGCAGAACUCCAAGGGCCAGGGGGACCGGACUAGCAGCCUGGACAGCGAGAGCUCCCCAGACUCACGUCAGAGCACUCAGGUGCCCCGAAAGUCUGUAUAUGAUCAGCUGAACCAGAUUCUAGUCUCGGAUGAGCAACUGCCGGAGAGCAUCAUCCUGGUGAACAUCACUGAGUGGCAAGGCCAGUAUCUCUGUGAUCAGCUCCAGGAACACAAGCAGCCUCUCGUGUCUACGUGCUCCAUGGCGGAUGUCCAGGCUGCCUUCAACACUAUUGUUGCUCGCAUUCAGAGAUACUGUAACUGUAAUUCCCACAUGCCUCCUCCAGUAAAAGUAGCUGUGGCAGGGGACCAGAGUUAUCUGAGCAUCGUACUGCGCUUCUUUGUGGAGCAGCUGGCAAGCAAGACCCCAGACUGGCUCAACUACCUCCGUUUCCUGGUGGUGCCCUUGGGCUCUCACCCUCUGGCCAAGUACCUUGGUUCUGUGGACAACAGGUACAGCACUUUGUUCCUGGACACAGCGUGGAGGGAGCUCUUCAGUAGAGUUGAGCCCCCUAGUUCAGAUACCGUGGAUGUCCCUGGUCGGGUUGCCCAGUUCAUUACAGGUGCCAGCCUGUCCCACCAGCUGCCCAUUUCUGAAGCCAUGUUGACCUACAAGCAGAAGAGGAAAAGAAGCCUCUAUUUUGAUUUUUAUAUCAGCCCAGACGAGGAUUCCUGCCAGAAGUUUGUGCCAUUUGUUGGGGUGGUGAAGGUGGGGCUUGUGGAACAGUCCUUCAGCACUUCAGUUGAUUCUGAUGAUGCCACCAUGUGCACCACCUCGCUUCUGGGCUCAUCCUCUCCAUCCGGUGGAGGCGUCCCCUAUACCAAGGAGGCCGUUGGCACCCCACCGCCCUCUCCGUCAGUCAGCAGUGGGCUCUCGGGGACAGGCUCUCUGAGUCCUGGUGUGGAAGUGAUGGGUUUACAGGUCGAUUACUGGACAGCUCAGGGGCUGGAGAAAAGAAAAGAGGCUGAUAAGCGGGAAACAGGCAUCAAGAAUACCCUGAAAAGCAAUUUCCGCUCUCUCCAGGUCAGCCGCAUCGCCGGCUCCGGCGAGCUGGCCCCGCCCAACACUAUGGCCAUGACAGUGGUCACCAAGGAGAAGAACAAGAAAGUGAUGUUUCUGAGUAAGAAACCGAAAGAGAAGGACUUGGAACCCAAGAGCCAAGUGAUAGAGGGGAUCACACGCCUGAUCUGCACAGCCAAGCAUCAAAACACCAUGCUGCGUGUUUGUAUCGAUGGUGUGGAGUGGAACGAUGUGAAGUUUUUCCAGCUGGCUGCGCAGUGGCCAACACACGUCAAGUAUUUCCCAGUUGGCAUCUUCGGCUACACAAAGAGCGUGUGAUGAACCAGAACAAAGUGGGCAUCCUGGAAAGACUGGGGCUGAGCCGCACAGAACGGAGAGAACACCCAGCUCUGUUGCUUCUGCUGAUGACUGAUUUGCCCAGUGCUGGAGCCCAAACCUGGCUGGGGCCCUGCUUGCUCCGUUUGCCCCAGGCAAGGAGCAUCCCGAUUUGCUUUAUGUCUCACCCAUAAAUUUUAGUUUAACAUAAACUUGGGUCCUAGGGAAAUGCAAGAAAGAUAAACCAAGCUUCUCCUGAACUCGAGACUAGAAUGCCAGACUAGCCUUCUCCGAUAGGGGGUCAAGAGUGGAGGCGGCGGAGGGGAUUGUACAGCUCCCCAUCAGGCUUUGUGGCAGUGUUGGCUGGGGACCCUUCUCCCCUUUUUGUGACAGGCAAGAAAGGGGAAGCUGGUUUCUUGACAUGCUGCUAUUUUGUGACUGCUCAAGUAGGGAAUAUUGUAUUAGCGUCCUCCUCUAGGGUUGCCCAGCCAGGUUCUUCCAGUUGCACUGUGGGCAAGCUGGAUCUUUGCCCACAAGGGCUGCUCUGCAGGCACAUCUAACAGAAUUUACAGGGGGCUACUGGGGCUUAGUUAGUAUCCCAUCUCCUUUGGAUAUGAAGCAGCUUGCUCUGUCUCUGCUAAACUAUUUGGCCUCUCCCUGUUGCGAUAGGACUGAUGGUGUUCAGCUUCAUACUCUUGGAAUAUGUGCAGGAGUCAACACAAGAGAUGCUGAUAUUGCCAGGAAAUUGGCAUCAGGGACAGGGGCUUCUGUUUCAGCAGCAGGCUGUGAGCUGCCGCACAUGGUUUCUAUUGUGAUUCAAGCUGAGAGAGCGGAAAAUGGCAGCAGCUUUUCCUCUGCAGCAGCUUUGGCCACUUGAGGAAGUGUCAGCACAUCACUGGCAGGCUUCAGAGCAGCAUUUGGUCCAAGACCUGCUACAAUUCAGCAGGCAGGAUGGGACCAACUGUUGCAGCAGCGGAAGGGCGAGAUGACGAGUUCUUUGCUAUUUUAAAGCACAGUAAGCUGCCUUUUGAGGGAACAGCAGAGAAGUUCAGAUGAGUGCCCUUCAGCUAGAAACAGAUGAGAAAAGCAUACUUCCCCUCAAACUCUUAUUUUCUACCUUCAUAGAGGGUUGGCCGGGGGCGGGGCGGGGGGGAUAGUAGCCCUGACCCUUUCCUCCCCCCACAGUGGCUGUACUUCCAUCGUGUGUUGCCAGUGCAUGUUCGCUUGUGUGUAACAGCACCUCUGUGUCUCCUGUCCGGUGCCAGGAAGUCCUGCUGCUCCUGCAGGUUUGGGGCCGGGCCCCUCUGCCAUACUUCAAGCUCCAGCAUGGAAGGUGGCCUUCUGUAACAGAAGUAGCUGGAGUCAUACACUCCGUUUGUAGCCAGUGCAAGCUCCUAGACCAGCACUUCUUUCAAACAGCUCCAAGGCCAGUCCUGGGAGCUGUAAGCUGAGCCAAGCCCCACUCCUUGUUGAGCUACCAUGGUAGGUUACUUACAGUGUCCAACGGACAAGGCGGGCAAAUGGGAGUCACAGUAGCAGUAUCAGGUGUAAUGAACUGUAGGAUGCUGUUCCAAGACAAGGACAGUCCCCUUUCUCCUCUUAAAAACGUGUUCAAGUGGCUUCAACAAGACAGCCAAAAAUCACAGGAAGGUGUCAUCAGGGUAGACUUCAUGUGGCAGCUGCUGGUGCCUCCUUGCCCACCUUGACUGGAUUUACACAUACCCACUUCCUCCCCCUGCCCCCGCUCCCCAAACAAAGCAGGCUCCAAGGCUAGAGCCUCGGCUUCCCUGGAGCUCAUGCCACUAGAACUGCCAAACCAAUCAGCCCCCCUCCCCCCGCCUUGAAAGUGUAUCCUACCGAACUCAGAGACCUAAACUGUGGUAUUGCGCCUGCCUGGCAGACGCAGCUGUUCGUGGUUAGGAGAGCAGGGAUGGUGGGUGAACCCCAUUUUUUACAAGAUUCUAUUUUUGUUAAAACUUUAAUGUAAGGUUGCUUUUGGGAUUAAUUUUAAUAAAUUAAUGCUGGUACCAUUGUGA